UUGACUGAAGUUUGUACAUUCAUGGUGAUACAUUCGCAAAGUGUUUGCUUCUCUUUUAUGAGAAAAUUGAGAAUAAACUGAUUAAAAGUGUUUUUGGUGGAAAAUUGGGGGAUUGAGGAGUGAAAUUGAUUGUGGAAAAGUGAAAACUUGGUGAAAAAUCUGUAGAAAAGUCGGCAGAAAAUGGACAUUUGAGGCAUUGAAAGAGUUGUUUUCGUGCAACAAGAAAAAUGGAUGCGAAUUUUUCUCAAUGAAUAUUCUAUAUUUUUUUAUUGAAUUAGCUAUAUUGACGGGCAUUUUUUCGCACAAUUUGAACUAUCGUGAACUCAUUGAGGUGAAUAUUGAGACAGAAUUCAUGGAAAGUGAGAAAAUCCAGUAAAAAUUGAGUGACAAACUAUAAGUCAGAGUUUCAAUCUAAGGAGCCUGCAGAAGAACAAAAAAAGCCAUUUUUGUGGAAGUGCUUGUACAGGAGCAUUUGGGCAGCAAAAUUAAAUAAAUCGUCAGUGAAGUGAUUUGUUACCUCCGUCGCAGAGUCAUUCAAUUUCUUCAGGCGCUGUGUGAGAAGAUAUUUUUUCGCUAAGCGCGUCCGCCAUCUUUUCUCCUGUCCAUCUCUGAGCUCUUUCUCUGCAUCUUUCCGGGCAUUGCCGCGCCAAAUCACCGUCAAUAUUCAUCUGCAAGUACCUCAUCAGCCAUUCCUGUACCACCAUCUUUCAUCUUUUGUGGGUGUUUUGCUGCGGAAAUAGCUGGAAAAGCUCUCACAGAAUUUUCAUCCAUUGCAAGUGAAGUGUUAUGAAUAUUUGAGUGAUCCAUUUUUUUUUGGUCAAGAACAAGGACAAUUUGUUGUGCAUUUUCUCCUGGACAAAUCAAUCAAAAACCCUCAGAAAAAAUUAAUCCCUAGAGACUCAAAAAAAAAAUACUUAAAAGUGAUAUCUCGUUAAAAGCAUCAUCUUAUCAGCAGAAUCUCCUGAACAAGGAACAUUAACUUCCGGCCUCAGUUUGUCCAAUCAAAUGGGGCUGCAUUGGAGCUUGAGGGAUGACUGAUCGGCGACGUUAUUCCGGUGGAGGUGCUGCGGUGAAAAUGGAACAUUUCCAGGCCGCAUUGGACCCCCGAAAGCAGGAAUUACUCGAAGCUCGCUUUCUCGGCGCUCGGAUGUCCGCUGGCACGCAACUGCAGAUGGCACCGCAGACGACAAUAGUGCAGCAACAAGGUGGCCAGACAACAGUACAUAACCAGGACUCGAACAUGAGCACUGGAUCGUCUCACAGUGACAAAGAGCUGGAGUCUGGUGGCGGAGGUGGAGGUGGUGGUGCGACAGUGGCGCCGGAUAAGCUGCCCCGGACACCAUCCGAGAGGAAGAGAAAGCGAAAAGCCGAAUGUGAUAAUGGAAGUGGUCCAGGCGGAGGUGGUGGUGUCGGGGGUGGUGGGAAUGGUGGAAAUGGUGGUGUGACGAGUGGUCCGCCAGCGGUGACGAACAGCAAGGGUCCACGGAUGACACUGCCAUUGUCGGAUAGUAAGAAAAUCAACGACUACUUUCACAGUAAACAUCCGAGUAGUAGUCCGCACAGGCAGCAUACGGGAGCCAAAAGUCCAUCACCGCAGCAUGGGAGUUAUCCUAUGUUUCCACCUAGUCCGCAGCCGCCGCUAACGAGUCUGAGUGGUGGUGUCCAGGAUAUCUUUAAGAUGCGCCAGGCACCCGCCUCCACCAUUGUCCCGCCGUCGCCGUUGCAAAGUCUGCCGCAGUGUCCACCGCCAGCGCAACAGGCUCCCUGUCCCCCGCCCACAGUAUCCAAGGCCACACAGACGGACUGGUCAUCGCAGGAUAUUCAGGAGCGGGAUACGGAUUUGGAGACGAGCAAAAUCAAAAUAGAUGAGCUAACAAGGCAGUCCGAUGAGCACAAGUGUCAGAUAUCGGCACAGCUGAAGGUGAUAGAGCAGCAUAAGUCGCACAUAAACAAGUGCAUCGAUGUGGUGAAGAAGUUGCUGAAGGAGAAGAGUAAUAUUGAGAAGAAGGAGGCACGUCAGAAAUGCAUGCAGAAUCGCCUGAGGCUAGGGCAAUUUGUGACGCAACGUGUUGGGGCGACGUUUCAGGAGAAUUGGACGGAUGGGUAUGCGUUUCAGGAGUUGGCACGACGGCAGGAGGAAAUUUCCACAGAACGCGAAGAGAUUGACAGGCAAAAGAAGAUGUUGACGAAGAAGAGACCAUCGAAUGCUGAAAGUGGGCGAAAAAGGAAUAAUUCAUCGACGUCAUCAGCCAGUAGCAGUGGUGUUAGUUCGGGAAAUAGUUCAGGAAGUUCGACGGCAUCAUCGUCAACAUUGCACAAUGGUAGCGAUGCUACAUUUGUGAAACCGGAACCCGUUUCCGGUGGUUAUACACUCCAGGAGUACUAUGAAUGUGAUGAAAUACUGAAAUUGCGGCAGAAUGCCCUCAAAAAGGAGGAUGCCGAUCUUCAACUUGAGAUGGAAAAAUUAGAACGUGAACGGAAUCUGCACAUUCGCGAAUUAAAGCGAAUUCACAACGAGGAUCAGUCACGCUUCAACAAUCAUCCGGUGCUCAACGAUCGGUAUCUACUGUUAAUGCUACUCGGAAAGGGUGGCUUCUCUGAGGUGCAUAAAGCAUUUGACCUUAAGGAGCAGCGCUAUGUGGCUUGCAAAGUCCACCAACUGAACAAAGACUGGAAAGAAGACAAGAAGGCUAAUUACAUUAAGCAUGCACUGCGAGAAUACAAUAUUCACAAGGCGUUGGAUCAUCCGCGAGUUGUGAAAUUGUACGAUGUGUUCGAAAUAGAUGCCAACUCCUUUUGCACUGUACUAGAAUACUGUGAUGGUCACGAUUUGGACUUCUAUCUGAAGCAGCACAAGACGAUACCGGAAAGAGAAGCGAGAUCUAUCAUAAUGCAGGUUGUUUCAGCGUUGAAGUACCUAAAUGAAAUCAAACCACCAGUCAUCCAUUAUGACUUGAAGCCAGGAAAUAUCCUCCUGACGGAAGGGAAUGUUUGUGGAGAGAUUAAAAUCACAGAUUUUGGACUGUCUAAGGUUAUGGAUGAGGAAAACUACAAUCCUGACCAUGGCAUGGAUUUAACGUCACAGGGAGCAGGAACGUAUUGGUACUUGCCUCCAGAGUGUUUUGUAGUUGGUAAAAAUCCACCGAAAAUAUCAUCCAAAGUCGAUGUGUGGAGUGUUGGUGUGAUAUUCUAUCAGUGUUUGUAUGGCAAAAAGCCAUUUGGGCACAAUCAGUCUCAAGCGACCAUUCUCGAGGAGAAUACCAUCCUGAAGGCGACUGAAGUUCAAUUCUCGAACAAACCCACAGUUUCCAAUGAGGCCAAGAGUUUCAUCCGGGGUUGCCUGGCGUACAGAAAGGAGGAUCGAAUGGAUGUAUUUGCGCUGGCGAGGCAUGAGUAUCUUCAACCACCGGUGCCAAAACACGGCCGACAGGCAAAUCAGCAGCAGCAGCAGCAACAGCAGGCACAGCAGCAGCAGCAAUCGGGAUCGGGAUCUCAGGCAUCCCAGCAGCCUGGUCAGACGUCAUUCUCCGUAGGCAUGUUUGGCAAUUUGAACCAAUCUAGCUCAUCUUAGUCUGCUUCCAAUGGCAUUCUCAUUGUCUCGCAGUGAACACCUCCCCCGGUCCCAUUUCCCAAAAGAAAGAGAAUGAGAGAUAAAAUGAGACAGACAAUUUUUUUUCGUGCCACGUGAAGUUUGCUAGUUUUGGACCUUGUGUGCGCGCACUUUAAAGAGCAUGCGAAAGAAAUGAGAGAAGUGGAAUUAAGUGGACAAAACGAAAUCCGGUUGUGAUAAAAAAAAAGUAAAUCUGUAUAGAAGUGUGGAAGGAAGAAUCUUGUGGAUGGAAGAGAAGAUGAAAGACGCGAGUGACACAAGUAAAGUGCGCGUUGCAUGGAAAAGGAGGAGGUUGAAGGUCAAAAAUGCAUGAAGUAUUUUUUGCAUUAGAAUACAGUGAGUGCUACGGAGAGAAAAUGACAAAGGAAAUGAAGAUAUUAAGAUUAAUUAAAAAAUAAAAUGAAAGAAGUGAACAAAAUAGACUCUAUAUUAAAAAAACACAAGUUGACGCCAAAUUCUUUUGACUUUAUAUUAAAAUUAAAAGUAAAAAAAAAAGAAAAUAAUAUUAUAUGACAACAAUAUAUCACGUUAAAGUAUAAUCGUAAGAAUUUCAUGAUAAAAAAAAUGAAAAGGUGAAAAAAAUUGAAAGGAAUAAUGAUGAAAAAGUGUGUCUAAGGAAUUAAUUUGAUGAUGGCAUUAAAUUGUGGAUUUACUCUCAAACACUAUUAACUAUAGUUUUUAUACGAGAGAGAGAGAGAGUGAGAUCAUGCACGGUAAAAAAAUGCAAAAAAUAUCUAGGAGAAAAUCGCAAUGAUAAAAGGAAAAAAAACAGUUUUAGGGAGGAUUAAAAGAAAAAAAAAGGAGAUAAAAAUAUUUCUGUGAGCGCAUAGAGACGUUGUUGUUUUAAAUUUCACAGUUAAAAUUUAUUAAUUCUUGUGAAUAAUUUAUUUAUUUUCAAAAAAAAAACACAAUAUUACACUGUGUAAAAUUUCUAAUGGUUAAGUAGAAGUAUGUAAUUAUUGUCCUCUUAAAGAAAUAAUAAAGAAAAUUACAAGAAAAAAAAAACACAAAAAAAACGCAAAACCGCAAAGGGCAUGCACGAUUUUUGUUUUUUUUUAAAUAUAUUUUCUUGAAAAUUUAGCAGAAUUAAAUGGGAUUUAGUCAUUUUAUUUAAUCUUGCAAUUUUCAUGAAAUAUUCAUAAAAAACAAGAAAUUUCUGUGCGAUGCCCAUAAUUUUCAGCAACAAAAAAUGUGAACGUGAAAGAGAAAAUAAUCCAUAUAUAUACAUAAAAAAACUAUAUUACAAUAUAAAUAGGUACAGUUUUUUCAAUUUAUAAAAAAAAUGGUAAAAAAGAAAAAUGGAGAGAAAAUGAAAAGAAAAAAGAGUAAUAGAGUAUAUGAAUAAUUAUGUAAUAAAAAAAAGAGAGAUAAAAAGGAAACACACAAGUAAUAAUGCAACAAGACAGAAAUAUAUGAAGAAAAAAAGAACGUAAGAGAAAUUCUUUUUACUUUUUCAAAACAGAAAAAAAGAGGAUUUUUUUUCUGAAAAGAAGAAGAAAAGAAGUGAGGAAGAAAAGCAAAAAUAAACUAUUGAUUGAAUGUGUUACAUGAAAAAUGAUAUGUAGGUGUGUAAGUGUGCGGGUGAAUGAGAAACAAUUGUAGAUAUUUUAACGAGUGAAUGAGGCAUUAUAAGAAAAUUGAGAUGAAAAAAAAAUUC